GGCUCUAAACUUUCCAGCGAAAAACUGAAGUCCAAACAAGUCUAGAUGGAAGGGCUGGAAGGGCAAAGGUAGUCGACACCUGCGAAGUCAGGCUCCACGGUAACAAUCCGUUUCGCCGACGUGGGCCUUUGCCGAGUCGCCACUCCGCUCCAUCACACGAGCCCCAUGAUUCUCUCGAGACGCCAUCCGGACUAGGGACUAGAGCUGCCACAGGUGAUGGUGAAGAUCGAUCGUUCCGAGGCUUGCAUGCUGCGAACUGACCAGUAGGACCCCUGGAGCUGAAAUGAAGACUGCCGACUCAACCGCAGUGGUAAAACGGAAGACGCGGAGUGGCUGCUUUACUUGCAAAUCUCGACGCGUCAAGUGUGACGAGACCAAGCCAUCCUGCUGGCGAUGUAUUUCGACGAAACGGAUAUGCGAGGGCUAUCCCACUCCCCCUCAACACAGCCUCUCGUUCGACUCUUUGACGGAUGAAGAGCGUCGAGCCUUCCUCUUCUUUCGCAGCAGAACUGCCCACCGAAUCUUUGGCCACCGCGAUGCGGAAAUUUGGCUUCCAACUAUACUCCAACUUGGCCACAAGGAAGCUCCAGUCAAGCAUGCCCUGACCGCAUUGGCAUCACUGCAUGAGAGCAUGGAGCCUGACGAUGCUUGCAUCUCCAUCCGCCGAUCCGAGAAACAUGCUCAACUGUCUUCACAAAUCUUGGCGCUGAAACAUUAUACGUCCGCCAUUAAAUCCGUGCAGACAGAAUCACCACAUUCAUCUUUUCGGCCGGAUACGGUGCUCAUUCUAUGUAUCCUAUUCGUCUGUUUCGAGCAAUUUCGAAGCGGCGAUGCUGCCUGUCUGCUUCACUUACGUGCAGGCUUCAGAUUACUAUAUUGGUGGAGAAAUAGUACUACCACCUACAGCAAGCUGCACGAGUACUCUAGGCCAACUCUAGACCUCAUCAAUAAUCAGAUAACACCAACCUUGCAACGUUUGCGUGUGCAGUUCUCUCUAUGUAUGGACUCCCGCCACGCGCUGAAAGAUCUAGGGGUCCCACUCUGCCUGCCAUUUCCAACAAUCCCAUCGUCCUACCCUUCCCUCGAUUCCGCCCGAAAUGACUACGACCGAGUGAUGAAUCAUAUUUUUUCUUCCUUAGAGCGUGAGGAUACUACCGGUGGUGAAUCCCCAAAGCCAGCUUUAAGUACGCUUUUGCGGCAGUGGAAGAAUGCUCUGGACUUCUCUGAUUUUUCUGAAGAGUCUCUAACAUUGCAGGAGUGCACGAAGAAACUCUUGAAUCUAUACUACCAUGUGUCGGUCAUUGUCACAGAAACUUAUAGUUCCAAGGAUGAAACCAUCUUUGACGGGUACACUGAUCACUUUCAAACCGCCGUUGAGCUUGCAGAGAAUAUCACCGACAUGGAUCGCAAUGAAUUGCAAGGUUUCAGUUUGCUGUUUAGCUUUGAUCUUGGCAUCACUCCGCCGAUGUUCCUUGUUGCUUCUCGAUGCCGCCACCCGCUUAUUCGUCGACGGGCUAUGAAUUUGAUGAUCCAGUCCCCCUUCUAUCAUGGCGCGUGGCAAGAUCGAUAUUCGGGUCUCUGUGCACAACGAAUCAUCAAGAUCGAAGAACUGGAGGCCGGUUUCCUCGUGGACGACAUCAACGUCCCAGAACAGAACCGGAUACGGAAAAUCUCGGCGGACAUUGAAGAGACACAGUCCGAGAUUUCAAUGCAAUUUCGUAGGUGGCCAUUCACCGUAGAUGCUCCGGUUAACACAACUAUUGUGAAACUGCAGUCAUGAGUGCGAGGCGUUACAUACUAUGCCAGCUUUCCACUAGUUUUGCCAAUCAUCUUCCACCAAUUCGGCACUGUUAAUUAAAAUGAG